AUGGAUUCUGUGACCGGAGCUCCUACUGGCGGGCUUCCUGUGACCCUUCUCAGCAAUAUCAACACCCAAGUGACGCCGACUUCGGCAACACUAGCUCAACCUAACACCCAAAGUCCCAUGGAUGCCGUGAUGUCUGAUGCGUCGCGUCCUACUUAUUUCUACCAAGCAACUACAGUCCCGAACCCCGCUGGAGGUCAGAACGUCUUCCUACCCAACACCACGACCAGUCAACCUAUUUCUUUUCAGCAGCAAUCUCCAUCCAGACCCUUCAUGUACCUGAGCAAUGGCUUUAUUACGAUGCCCCGUUAUACGCCGAACCAGUAUUAUGGUGAGCUGAACAACAUUGGUCACCAGUUGGAAUACGUCCCUACCGGAGAUCAAGGUCGUACGUACGCCAAUCUUCAUGCGCGGAGUCUCUCCAGUCCACAGGGCCAGUAUAGCUACCACGGCCUUCCUGUCCACCCGCAGCGGGAUCAGCGCUCCAGCAAUAUGCAGCCGCCAAUGUCCAUGAUGACGCAGCCAUCCGUGCCUAGCGUUGUCCAACCGAACAGCACAUCGAUGAACAACUCGGACAUGACACAAUCUGCUCCAGCUACACUUCGACCUCGCACUUAUGUGCCGACUCCACAAUCGGGGUCUGCGUUGGGAGCGGACCAACCAAUGACUCUACAUCGCACCACUACUGUCCUCUCCCCAGCACCGACCUCGCCGGGCUAUCAACAGCCGCCGCAAGCUCAACGGCAUUCUCAUGCAGCGGGCCCGCUCCCUCGACUGAGGCCACGUCUUGUGGCGGAUGAUGGUUCCUCCGUCGCUUCCGCAAGGAUGACGGCCACACAGGCUUCAUCGGGCCAGCCCUCAGCAACGGCCACGGCGUCGUCGGCUCCGAUGAACGCAGGAUCCGCAAGGGCAUAUGCACGGUUUAACCCGCAGCGGCUGGAAAUGAUUCGACGAAUGCAUAUGACCCAGUUGCUCCAUCAUGCACGUCAAUACAACCCCCCGGCUUCGCAGGCCCAUUCAGGGGCUCCUACGCAGCGCCAGCGCCAGCGUCAUGGUCAGGGGGCCAAUUUUGUUGGACCACCUCCGACUCUUGAUAACCCGAAAGAUGGUCGCCCCAAACCGAAGGAAGGACAUGAAUUGCAGGUCUCACUUGAGUGCAAAAUCUGCUACGCCCAGCUAGUUGACACGGUGUUGCUCCCCUGUGGUCAUGCCGUCCUUUGUCGAUGGUGCGCCGAGAUUCAGAUUCCGAGCAGUGCGCUGGAAUCCGGCAUGCUCGGUGGACAGCCUACCUGUGUGAUGUGCCGAGCCACUGUGAAACAGAAGGUAUGGACACUUGAAUUGUCUUGGAUCUGGCUUGUCGUUCACUAA